AUGCGAAAAGCUCUCACUCUCACUAUCAGCUUGGUGGGACUUGUCUAUGCUGUGGACCGCCUCAAAUUCAAAACAUGUGAACAAUCCGGAUUUUGCAAACAAGAAAUAAAAAAAGAUCUUAGAGAGAGAAGAGCAGCAGUUAUUGACGAAGUCGCCGAGGCCGGAAAGAGCAUUUGCAAAGCCCGACGGAGCUUUGCGAACUUUGCAAACCUUUUCUUCGCCAAUUAA